AUGGAUCCCAUGGACUUGCUUUUAGCCUUUGUCCCUCAAAGCAUUAUCGAGUGCCUACCUCUUGUUCUUGCAACUGUGAUCUAUGAGCUCCAAAUCCUCAACUAUCUGUUCUUUGAUCAUCCAAUUCGCCCUCUUCCGCCGGACCCAUCACUUUCAUCCGUCGCAUUCUUGCCCUGGGAAAUUCCCACAAAAACUAGGACAUGGCAGGGGAUCUUUACCGCCUGGACUUGCAGUGUCAUUUGGUUUUUUUCAGAGCUUACCCUCAAUCUUUUGGAUGUCGUACCAAAUAGGGUAACUGAUCAAGAAAUUACGAACCGAGGGAUUUCUGUAAAGUCUAAGAAUUUGAAUCAGCGACUUGAACAUCAGCAACAACCGCAGCAUUUACAAUGGCGACAAUAUUACGCGAUGCAGCUGAACUGCCAAGAGCAAUGUGAUUAUCCGUAUUUGAGCACUACCCAACGUAAAAUAGCCUCGAAAGAAACGCCUGCUAUCCCCUCCACUGAACGAGUGGUCGCAAUGGCCCAAGAAGAGAGAGCGAAGCCGUGUCCAAAAGGAUAUGUGAUUGAACAAGAUUUUGGAGAGACUGUGACUACAGGAUCAGCAACGUUGGUUGAAAAAAUUGGUCUUAACAGUGAAGUGAGAAAUGAGCGAAGCAAGAGGGACGUUAUAUUGACUACUGAUAAGAAUUCAUUCGUCGCCACGAGAAAAGCUGGCCUUGUCGCUGAUAAUACCGAUAAAGAUACUCGAGAGGACAAGUUAACGAUGAUAAAGAAAGAUGAGGGCACUAUAAAAAAUAAGCACUGCACUAUACAGGAGGAUAUUCAUACUACCAUUGCUGAAGAAGUCCAAGUUCCGCAACAUAGUCAUGUCUCGGAAGGAGUGAAACUUUUCGAAGAGCCCUUCGCAGAGUCAAAUCAAGUUGAACAGCGGGGAUCUUCCGAAGAGUAUACUGUAAACAAGGACACAGCGAUCUCAAACAAUAGCUCGAAUUCAUUUGGAACUUCAUGUAUGACAAGAGGUAGCCUCCUGCUAUACAAGGAAGAUGAUUCAGAACUUGAGUAUUCGCCUGUUUGCGGAGUGGAAGACGUCCAUCCCAAGUCUUUUGCUGAUAUCAAGGAUGACAUUUUGAUCCACGCUCGCAGUCGUCUAGAUUCACCUGAGCGAGCAACACCUACAUUCAACGCAGUGGAUACCCUAUCAUAUACCGGUACCCAACAAUCGUUUAGCCCGACAGGUCACGUGGAGGGCGUAUCUUGCAUAGACUUUAGGAAACCAGGGAUCCACGAACAGGUUUUUAUUUCACGGUCACGGUACCAAAGCUCGACAUCGUCUAUCACUGAGCCAAUCAUCAUCUCACCUACAAUUGCAGCCCAAAUGUAUUCUUUUCACUCUGAAGACACCAGCGACCAGACAUCGUCAACUGCACCUUCGGAGUAUGCAGGUGAAACUUCAAAGAAAAAGAAAAAAAACAAAAAAAAGGAGAAAAGAAGUAAGAAACGUCAAGUGAAUCUAACGAACAGUGGUAGCAACGAUGAUAUCGGUAGCAACACCUCUGUUAGACCAACAGUUGACUUGAGCACAAUCACCAGUAGAGCCGUGGAGCAAGAAUUCGCGCCAAAGGUUAGGAAUGGCAACAUUAAAGCUGAAUCAGACGCGAUGUUUGCUGAUGUAGACUCAGGCAAGGAUAUCGGAGCAGCCAAGACAUCCGAGUAG